AUGCAAGAGGAACAAAACGUUUGGGCCCAACAAAGUGUUGAGGCAGAGAAGGAGUCGGAUGCCGAUACUCCGUUCCGUCAUGACAAUGGUGGUCAUGGAGACAGUGACUCCGAUGCGGACAAGAGCCUAUACUCGGAGAGUGUCUAUUCAGCGGAGAAUGAUGAACAUCGUCCCGUUCGUCCAGGAACAGAGGAGACCCCUACCGCGUACCGGCCGGGAGGACAACGCGGGGUCUCAGAUGCGAGUUCAAUUGACUGGAAAAUGUGGCUCUCAGCCAACCUCGGAAAGUUUGACCCUACCUUGUCUCCGUCGAAGCAGUCAGAGGUUGAGUUUGCUCUGCCGUCUAUGCCAAAGAGUUUUCAGUCAGGACACUUUGCGAGCGGCAGUGGCCAUGUCCGUGAGCAUGCCCAAAUACAUGGUGAAGAUGAGGACCACGCCCGCCACCAACAUGGGGGGGACGACGUCUUCACACCACCUGCUCACAAACCCACUCUUCCUAUGACUCCACUGAAACAGGUCCAACCGAACGUGGCCAAGCCUUCACCACUCCAGGUGAAAAAGAAAACUAGCACCCCCAAUGGUAGCGCCAGUGGGGACGGAAAGCAGCAGUUGAUGGCUGAAAAUGAAAGACCUGGCGCAAACGGACAUGGCCCUUCUGCUCCCGUCUAUCACUUUCUACAGGUUCCGCCGCCGCUGCCUCCGCCGCCAAUCCCUCCUCGAAGCAAGCUGCGGCCGUCGCCAUUGAGGCUUUCGAGGGUCAGCAACAGCGCUGUUGACAGCAAUGUAAGAAAGUCCUAUGGGGCGUAUUCCGUCACAUCGAGUCCUGGAUUGACAGAGGCCGUCCUCAGGCAGUUUGGGCCGGUUGCUGGGGGCAACAGUCGGUUGGGAGAGCAGGAGACUGCAUGCGAAGAUGAAAGAAGAGAUGAGGGUGCGGCGUUUAUCUGA